AUGACGGUCAAUCUUCCUACCUUACCGAUAGAGCUCAUUCUCAACAUCGUGAACUGCAUGGAGAGAGAGGGGCAACGUCGGUUUCGCCUUUGUGAAGCGCUCCGCCUUACCUGUCAGGAGCUCAAUAGCAAAGUCAUGCGAUACUUCGGCAUCAAUCAUUACAAGCGACUCCAAGUACCACUCAGCGAGAUUGGACUCGAUCGAUUGCUGCGCAUCUCAAAGGGACCGCUAGCUCACCAUGUCAAGUCUGUGACGGUACAGUGCGGUGCCGCCCAUCAGUUCCGGAUCGCAAGACUACGCCCAGGCUUUGAUUCACCGUUCGACGAAAAGACAAUCAAUUGGCUACAAUCUGGUGGCUGUGCAGAAAUUCUCGGGCCUGCUCUGUCCAACUUACCGAAUCUGAGUGGAUUCCACAUCGUCGAGCCUGGCUUGUGCAAGACCAGGGUUAUAAAACAGAAAGAGUUGGAGCUGCUAUCAGUACGUUGGGCUGUGGCAGUAAGAGCUUUACUAGUAAUAGCGGAUACCGCUACCCAGGCUCUUGAGGCGCUAUCUAUAUGCGCCAACAAUCCUUUGAUGGCAGCUAUUCCUUCUCAUCUGGGAGAUAUUAUCAUCUUCACGAAGCAACUUCGGAUGCUUCGAAUAGAUAUAGCCUUCGGUAAUGGCAAAGACGCUUUCGGAAUCGCAGAUUUCAUCGCUACGGAGCUGGACCUGGAAGAGAUCACCUUAAUGUAUCUCAAUACCGGUUACUGGGGUCUCGACUUGAACGAAGUUCAUAAACUUCGUUCGCAGAUCAGGGAACUUGAUGUUGAGUCACACAUUGACUCUAACGGAUGGGCGUGGAUUCAAGAGGGAGGUGGCUCCCGAUGUAGGAUUACCCUUAGGUCGAAAGAGGGUGAUGAUAUCAAGUACUGGGUGAAAAUGAUCAAAGCACACGUCGACUGUGGCGACGAAUGGGACUUCGAAGGUAAUGGAUGGUGGAUUGAGUAUACUCCUCAUACUGCUGAGUACUAA